UGAAGUCACACAACACAGAGGAAAGCUUGGGUGCCUUUUGUGCUUUCCUCUCUCAAUUAUUUUGUGCAGUAUCUCAUAAAAGAGAGACCAAAACUUUCUCUCUGAUUUCCCUUCUUGGGUUUUGAUUUACUAUUUAUUUUGGUUUUACAUUUAUUUCAAACUAAUUCUCAAAAUCCAUAUUCAUAUUUUGGACCCAAUUGAUCGGUUCUUCUACUCAUUCAUUUUUAAUUAAAAUAAUUUUGAAGAAAAGUACCAUAAGAAAAUGGUGUCGGCGAACAAGGAAAUGGUGGUCUAUUGCUUCGAUACUCUUGUCUCCUACUACAACAACGAAGAGGUUCCUCCUCCAGCUUUCGAUGAUGGUCAACACCCAUUGUUUGUCACAUGGAAAAAAGCUGUAAAUGGCGGGGAACCUCGUCUACGUGGAUGUAUUGGAACUCUGGAAGCUCGGUGGUUGGUUAAUGGGUUCAAGGAUUAUGCUCUAAACAGUGCUUUGAAGGAUCGCAGAUUUCCUCCCAUACUUGCCAAAGAAUUGCCCUCUUUGGAGUGUACAGUUUCGGUUUUGACUGAUUAUGAAACCGGUGACAACCAUCUUGAUUGGGAGGUUGGAAAGCAUGGUAUAAUCAUUGAGUUUAUUGAUCCUGAUAAUACAAGGCGAAGUGCCACAUAUUUGCCUGAGAUAGCCGCCCAUGAAGGCUGGACAAAAAUAGAAGCUAUUGACUCCUUAAUGCGAAAAUCAGGGUUCAGCGGCACCAUCACCGAAUCUCUCAGGAAGAAGAUCAAGCUGACCCGUUACCAGAGCACAUUAUGUACUAUGCAAUACAGUGACUAUAUAUCCUAUGUCAGGGCAACCAGAGGUGCAGCUCCAUCUAUUGUUGGGAGCAAGCCUGGCUACCAUUGAUUUCCCAAACUGCUUUCCUCUAAAGACCAGAAAGCUAGUUUGGUCUCAGCAAAAAACAUUUAUUUUCAAUUAAUAUAAUCUGGGCUGGAAUAGAUUUGUUGCCCAGAUUGCUGUUUUAAAAUUUCUGCUACUGUUUAUAUCAUUCUUCAAAUUCAUUUGAUUUUGAAGAAAGAAACUGAAAUCACUGGCUGAGUUCUAAGGUUUCUUUGUCUCAGCUACUACCACAAAACAUUCAUGUUCUUGCAGCUUCUCUUGGAAAGCUGUACUAUGUAAAACUUGAUAAUGACUCAUAAUUAUCAUGAAUUAUUUAUCUGCCAUAUCAUGUUUGAUAUUUA